UCACAAAAUGGUGGAUAGCGAACGAUUUUCCUAUGAGAGUUCCCCUUAAGGCGGUAUGCCAUUCCAAGGCGAAUAGGUAAAAGGAGUUAGCGUUUGCUCUCUCACAUUAUUGUGUUUAUCGUUGUUCUACAGAGAAUAUUGACCGAACGGUUUGACAGUGAAUAGGAACUAAUCUCCAACGAAAAAUGGCGGUCAAUGUUUAUGCUACAAAUGUAACAACCGACAAUCUCAGCCGUCAUGAUAUGCUCGCAUGGGUCAAUGACUGUCUGCAAUCAUCAUUCUCGAAAAUUGAGGAAUUAUGCACUGGUGCGGCCUACUGCCAAUUCAUGGACAUGCUAUUCCCCAACAGUGUACCAUUGAAGAGGGUCAAAUUCAGGACCAAUUUGGAGCACGAGUACAUUCAAAAUUUCAAAAUUCUCCAGGGUGGAUUCAAAAAGAUGAAUGUUGAUAAGGUGAUUCCAGUGGACAGAUUGAUAAAGGGCCGUUUCCAGGACAACUUUGAAUUUUUACAAUGGUUCAAGAAAUUUUUUGAUGCCAAUUAUGAUGGCACUGAGUACGAUGCAUUUGAAGCACGUGGAAGAAUUCCAUUAGGUUCUGGAGUUGAUGGGUGUCAUAAUUUGUCCAAUCCACAAUUGGUACCAUUGACAACUCAAGCAAAACCACCUCAGAUGCAGCCGCGAGGCCAGAUGCAUCAAAAUCAACAGCGGAACAUUGCCCAGAGGCAGCAGGUUCCUAAUAAACUUCAGCAAACUCGUCCUGUGGCGAAGACAGCUCCACUGGGAAACCGUGAUACUGGCAAAGUUGAAGAACUCAACAAUCAGAAUGCUGAACUCAAGCUCAUGAUCGACGGUCUUGAGAAAGAAAGAGACUUCUACUUCGGUAAACUACGACACAUCGAAUUAAUGUGCCAGGAGACUGAGGAGGACCAGCCGUCAAUUGUACAGAAAAUCUUGGAUGUACUUUACGCAACUGAGGAAGAUGAAAAUGGCCAGAAGGACGAGGAACAUACUUAUUAAGCAACUUUAUUAAUCUAUCAUUAAUCAAGCUCGAUUUCAAGGAUGGCUUUGCUCCACCAGAGGAAUUGGAAGGUGACGGUUUGGCUCCUGACGACGAGGAAUACUAACCCCCUUAAUCUCUCUGCACUUAGAUCACAAAGAAAAAAAAGGUGGACAAAGUUUCAGUACAUUCGAUGAGCCAACAAGAGAUAAACAACCAAGAAAACCCCGAUUAAAAAAUCCAUUCAUUCUAUGCGCGUAAUUGAUUAUAUGAAAUUCCUAGCUGAAAGAAAUACGUGGACAAAUUCUAAGAGAUCGAAAAUUAAUAAAUCGAGAGAUGAACAUCUGUUUAUGUAUUAAUUUGAGAAGAAUAUUGCGAAAAAUACUAAUGCAGACCAUCGGCAAAUCAUAGAAACAAAUUCGAAACUUUUAACGUUUGUUUUCUGCUUUCCAUAUUUUUUCAUUGGCCAAGAGAAUCCUCAGAUUUCAAUGAAAUUACCGAUUAAUAAUUUACCGCAAUAAUUCGUGGUUGGUUUUCUUUUUUAUUUUCAUUUUUUUUACAAUUUUGUACACGUUGAAUUAGGAGAGAAAGGCAAAUAAAAUAUCUUCAUGUUCGACUAUUCAUGUUUAAUAAUUUUUCGACACGUUGUGAUUUAAUACGUGUUAGAACUGAUUGUGAUUAUUAUUUGUUUAUCAUUUUCACUAUUCAAAAGUCACUGAACUUAUAUUAAGUAAAAGAAUGUACCAGUUAUUUUCUAAAUAUGAGCGUAAUUGCCCUGAUAAGAACGACAUGUUGAAAAUUGUCGAAUAUUGAGUUUAAAAAAAAAUUGAAAUUAUCGUGGAGCACAAAUGGAGGGGCUGGUUGAUUUGACAUGCAACAUGGGGCUGAGAAGAAGGAUAAAUUGGAGAUUUGUAAUAUUGUGUAAAAUGAGUGAGAUUGGAUAAGUGUUUAAGGUAUGAGAUAAUCAAGAUUAUUGGAAAGAAUAUUGAUGCUUUUUGGAGACUAUUAUUAGAAUAAAAAUCAUCACAGCGA